CUUCAGAGCAAAGGAAGUUAAACUAUUAACGAACAGCUUUCCUUAAUUGUCACAUGACUGAAACGGCACGAUGACACCAAUUUUGUUCGGCUUAAUAUAUAUGAGAAUAUCUUCAAGGGCACGAAGAUAAGCAAGAAGUGAUCUCAAAGUUCCUAAAACAACUACCCCGCCAUGGCAUACAAAAGCCAGUACCAAUGCAUUUGUUUGGCCUUAAUCUUCACAGUUGGUGCUUUAGUUUGUCAAGCCACAUCACGCUCUCUUCAAGAUGCAUCGAUGUAUGAAAGGCAUGAGCAAUGGAUGGCCCGUUAUGGACGAGUGUACCAGGACAACAAUGAGAGGGAGGGACGUUUCAAUAUUUUCAAACAAAAUGUGGCUCGCAUAGAAUCUUUCAAUAGUGCCAAUGACAAACCUUACAAGCUCGGUGUCAAUCAAUUUGCAGAUCUUACAAACGAAGAGUUCAUUGCUUCUCGAAAUAGGUUCAAGGGCCAUAUGUGUUCCAACAAGGCUACGACUUUCAAAUAUGAAAAUUUCACUGCAUUACCUUCUACCGUGGACUGGAGAAAUAAAGGAGCUGUAACACCUAUUAAGGACCAAGGCCAAUGUGGAAGUUGUUGGGCAUUUUCGGCUGUGGCAGCCAUGGAAGGGGUUACUAAACUAGCAACAGGUAAGCUAGUUUCCUUGUCUGAGCAGGAGUUGGUUGACUGUGAUACCAAAGGUGAAGAUCAAGGCUGUCAGGGUGGUUUGAUGGACGAUGCUUUCCAAUUCAUCCAGAAAAACAAAGGCCUCACAACUGAAUCGAAUUACCCUUACAAGGGAGUUGAUGGCACAUGCAAUACCAACAGGGAAGCCAACCAUGCAGCCAAUAUUAAUGGACAUGAAGACGUGCCAGCCAAUAAUGAAGAGGCAUUACAGAAGGCAGUUGCAAACCAGCCGGUUUCUGUUGCUAUUGAUGCUGGGGGGUUUGAAUUCCAGUUCUACUCAAGUGGUGUAUUUACAGGAGAUUGUGGCACUGACCUAGAUCACGGUGUUGCUGCUGUUGGUUAUGGAGUGGAUGCUGAUGGGACUAAGUAUUGGUUAGUAAAGAACUCUUGGGGCACUAGCUGGGGUGAAGAAGGGUACAUUAGGAUGCAGAGAGAUGUUGGCGCAAAGGAAGGCCUUUGUGGCAUAGCAAUGCAAGCUUCUUACCCUACUGCUUGAACUUCAUUACCAUAGCCUAUAUAUAUAUUCUGCUCUCGAUGUAAUAUAAACAUAUUUAAAACAAACAUGAGACCAAUAGGAACUAUGAUGUCUGCUUUCAAUAUCCUAUAUGUGCUUGUAUUUUCUAAGAAAAAGGAAUUACUGAAGGAAUGACUUGUGUAUUAUAUAUUACACAUUAAAUUAUUUAUCUACUAUCGUCUCACUUGCACAUCUCAGCUCUUUUAUUUUUUAAACCACAAUUUUAUGACUAUUCCAGUGCCUAUAUAUGGAAUACUAGUGCCAUUUUUUAAAAUAGAAGGACCAUUAAUUCAUCUUGAUUCUGUGUGCUAACGGAAGUUCCUUUUGUGAGUUUAAGAGGGAGAGUGCGAAGGAAGUAUCAAUAUUUGAGAGAGUUGAGAAAACCGCCAUAACUAAUAAAAAUAGUGAUGAGCACAUCAUGUGGAAAAAAAAAAUGAUGACUUGCAGCAGCAUCAGCU